UCAGGGAUGAAGACGGGAUCAACGUACAACACUCAGGAAAACUGACAAGCUGUCGCCUUUACUCCACAGCACAGGCACGUUGACGUAAAGAGGACAAGAAACUACGUUUGCAACAGAGGAAGUCAGAAGAAGAUAAAUACACCAACAUCUUGUGGGAGUGAUACCCCGAUUCACCCAAACAAAUGGCGUCGCAGGAGAGCCAUCUGACAGCCACGCUCCUGACCUCCAUCCUGGCAGCGGUGCUCGGCUCGCUGCAGAUUGGCUACCACACCGGCAACGUCAACGCUCCGGCCAAGAUCAUCGAAGAGUUUUUCAACCACACCUGGAGAGCCAGGCACAACCAGUCGAUGCCAGAUCACAGCCUGACUCUCCUGUGGUCGCUCUCUGUCAGCAUUAAAGACUUUGGAGCUUUGUUGGGCUCGCUGGGAGUCAAAUACCUGGCAGAUUCUUAUGGAAGACGUAACUCCAUCCUAAUAGUGAACUGUCUCUCUGUGGUGGGAGCAUGUCUGAUGUCCGCCUCCAAAUCCAGCAAGUCAUUUGAGGUUCUCAUCCUGGGACGCUUGGUGUUCGGUCUCUUCUGCGGCCUAGUGAUGAGUCUUAAUCCGCUCUACAUCCAGGAAGUUCCUGCUUUGUUUUACAAAUCGGCUUCACUCAAAGUACAAAAGUUCAAAGUACAACAAGGUUCCUCCUGCAUGUGUUUGCUGCAGGUGGCUGGUCUGGACACAGUGUUGGGUACAGAGCAUUACUGGGCCAUGAUGUUGUCCCUCUCGGUCAUUCCGGCCCUGACCCAGUACCUGGUGCUACCUUUCUGCCCCGAGAGCCCUCGCUACCUGCUCAUUGACCAGGGAGAGGAGAGCAAAGCAGAGGCAGCCUUGCUGAGGCUGAGAGGCAGCUCAGACAAGGUGUUUUCUGAGCUGGAAGAGAUGAAGGAAGAGGCUGCCCACACUCAGAGCGGCGUCACCAUCCACCAGUUCUUCAAGAAACGCAGAUACAAGCAGCCCAUCAUUAUCGUCCUCAUCAUCAACUUGGGCAGCCAGCUGUCCGGAUUUAAUGCGAUCAUUAAUUAUUCCACCAGAAUGUUCCAGGCCAAGUUUGAUCAGGCCAAAUACCUGACUCUGGGCGUGGGGGCUGUCAACGUGAUAUUCACUCUGGUGGCAUUCUUCCUGAUGGAAAAGGCAGGAAGGAGGAGAUUGCUCCUGACUGGUUUCAUCUCUAUAGCAGUCUGCAACUUACUUAUGACCAUAGUGGAUUCUGUCCUGCACCUGGUCCCAGAGCUGCGGAGCCUGCAGGUCCUGCUGGUUUUCUGCCUGAUUUCAGCCUAUGAGCUGGGCCCGGGCCCCAUCUCAUGGUUCAUCGCUGCCGAGCUGUUCGACCAGCCUGGCCGACCCAUCGCUAUGGCCUUCACCAGCAUGCUCAACUGGGGAGGGAAAUUUGUUCUGGCACUCCUCUUCCCUCCUUUACUGAAACUCUGCGGUGAGUACAUCUACCUCUUCUUCAUGGCUGUGGCUCUGGCCGCCUUCUCCUUCACCUGGAUUCGCCUCCCAGAGACAAAAGGCCGUACAUUCGAUGACAUCGCAGAGGAGUUCAGAGGAGCUGAGGGCAUUCCUUUGCACAAUAAUAUUGGAUUCAACACUUUCACCUGAUGCACCUUUCACCCAUUACUGAAGCUGGUCAUGGUCAUACUGUUAAAAAGGUCCAUUUACCCAAUUUACCAACUUUUUUUAAUCAGAUGUUAGUACAUUAGGUGCAACCUCAAAUACUUGUGUUUCUACUAGAACAUGUUUACAUGCUUUUAUGUUCCAAAAACCUUUUUCUCAUACUGCUGCACCUGUAUUCACUCUCUUUCUUAGAAGCUCUGUUGGAGCGCCUGACUUUUCAAGACCCCCUUCCCAAAAAGCCCAGUCUGCUCUAAUUGGUUGGCGUUUUCGCAUCUCUGCUCAUGCUGAAGUCUCAGUACACUCGGGUCAGUCUGCAACGAAGUUUACAGCAGGACUUUGUAUCGUGAAAAGACGCUUCUAAACCAGAUACUACACAACCGGACACAUUUCAGCAGUAAUGUGACCUAAAAUUUGGGAGAAAUAAACAACAUUGACAGGCAAGAUUCCAGGUUUUCCUGGCGUUGUAUGUAGCAUGUAGUUACUAUAGCUAGCAGUGGACAGUAACAGAAUACGGCAGCAUGUUCAGAGAUAACAGAUAAAAGGCUUUUAGUGUAUAACUUUUUGAUAUUAAUAAAUGUCUGUUACAUUCAAGCCAGACUAUCAGCUCCACACAACUCUCUCUGUAUUUCUCAGUAUGGCUGUGUUCCCGCGCAGAAACUCAAGUGAAGAUAAAUACUUCUUCUG